AUGGAGCAGGAGGGGCUCUCCCGACCUCCUCGGCCUUUGGCCGGGGACAAAAGCAGACGGGACCAAGGUCUGUAUUGCGCUUACCAUCGAGAUGUGGGGCACGAUACGGAGGACUGCCGUCAUCUCAAGAAAGACAUUGAGAAAUUGAUCAAACGAGGCCAUCUUGGGCAGUUCGUACGGGAGGAACGAGCUGACCAGCAACGAGGAAGGCCCAGGUCGGAACGUCCGGGCUACCCCCGGGACCGGUCUCAGGGGCCUCGCGACCGAACUCCCGAGCAGGAAAUACAGAACCUGGCGGGGGUGAUUAACACUAUUGCUGGAGGACCUGCUGGCGGAGAUAGCCAUACAGCUCGGCGGCACAAUCGCCCCCCUCCCACGGGGGAGAGUUCGGCCAAGCGAUUGAAGAUAUAUGAAGAAAUAAUCUAUGGACCAGAGGACGCGGUCCCUUUGGCCUCCAAUAACCAUGAAGCCAUUGUGAUAGAGGUCAUCACCUGUAAUUUCAAGGUGAAGAAGGUGUACAUAGACAACGGAAGUGCCAUAGACGUGCUGUAUUACAAGACCUUUAAGGAGCUGCAGCUGGAGGAUAAGCAGCUCGUGCCGGUUCGAACCCCGUUGAUCGGUUUUGCAGGUCCUCCUGUAAGACCGGAAGGGAUGAUUACUCUCAUGGUUAUGGUGGGGGUGUCCCCGAAGUGCCGAACGGUCCCGGUAAACUUCGCGGUGGUUAAGGAGCCGUCGUCCUACAAUAUGAUUCUUGGACGACCCACGCUGAAUGCCCUCCGAGCUAUUUGCUCCACCUUGCACCUCAGUAUGAAGUUUCCUACCUCUGCUGGGGUAGCUGAGGUGCUGGGAGAUCCGGAGGUGGCGAGAGCGUGUUAUAUUGCCACCCUCAAGGGCAAAGAGAAAUUGGUAGCUCAGACAAUUUGUCUAGAAUCCUGGGAACCCCUGGAGAAGGGGGAAAGAUUGGAGACAGACGAGGGGUUGGCCGAGCUGCCCGUCCAAUCCGGCCGGCCCGAGCGCACAGUAAAGGUCGGCACCGGUCUGGGUGAGCUGAUCAGGAGUUCUUUGGAAUCGCUCUUGGUGGAAUACGCAGAGAUUUUUGCUUAG